GGCAGCUCAACCGAAACCGAUGUAGUCUCAUUCUACAAGACUGUUGAUUCUGAAGACAACGAAAUCGUUACUUCCACCACCUACACUCUACAUGGUGCAUCAGUUCCAGCUCCAGUCACCACCACCGUUGUGUCUGGCAGUUCAACCGAAACCGAUGUAGUCUCAUUCUACAAGACUGUUGAUUCUGAAGGCAACGAAAUCGUUACUUCCACCACCUACACUCUACAUGGUGCAUCAGUUCCAGCUCCAAUCACCACCACCGUUGUGUCUGGCAGCUCAACCGAAACCGAUGUAGUCUCAUUCUACAAGACUGUUGAUUCUGAAGACAACGAAAUCCUUACUUCCACCACCUACAUUCUACAUGGUGCAUCAGUUCCAGCUCCAAUCACCACCACCAUUGUGUCUGGCAGCUCAACCGAAACCGAUGUAGUCUCAUUCUACAAGACUGUUGAUUCUGAAGGCAACGAAAUCGUUACUUCCACCACCUACACUCUACAUGGUGCAUCAGUUCCAGCUCCAGUCACCACCACCGUUGUGUCUGGCAGCUCAACCGAAACCGAUGUAGUCUCAUUCUACAAGACUGUUGAUUCUGAAGGCAACGAAAUCGUUACUUCCACCACCUACACUCUACAUGGUGCAUCAGUUCCAGCUCCAAUCACCACCACCGUUGUGUCUGGCAGCUCAACCGAAACCGAUGUAGUCUCAUUCUACAAGACUGUUGAUUCUGAAGACAACGAAAUCGUUACUUCCACCACCUACACUCUACAUGGUGCAUCAGUUCCAGCUCCAGUCACCACCACCGUUGUGUCUGGCAGUUCAACCGAAACCGAUGUAGUCUCAUUCUACAAGACUGUUGAUUCUGAAGGCAACGAAAUCGUUACUUCCACCACCUACACUCUACAUGGUGCAUCAGUUCCAGCUCCAAUCACCACCACCGUUGUGUCUGGCAGCUCAACCGAAACCGAUGUAGUCUCAUUCUACAAGACUGUUGAUUCUGAAGACAACGAAAUCCUUACUUCCACCACCUACAUUCUACAUGGUGCAUCAGUUCCAGCUCCAAUCACCACCACCAUUGUGUCUGGCAGCUCAACCGAAACCGAUGUAGUCUCAUUCUACAAGACUGUUGAUUCUGAAGGCAACGAAAUCGUUACUUCCACCACCUACACUCUACAUGGUGCAUCAGUUCCAGCUCCAGUCACCACCACCGUUGUGUCUGGCAGCUCAACCGAAACCGAUGUAGUCUCAUUCUACAAGACUGUUGAUUCUGAAGGCAACGAAAUCGUUACUUCCACCACCUACACUCUACAUGGUGCAUCAGUUCCAGCUCCAGUCACCACCACCGUUGUGUCUGGCAGCUCAACCGAAACCGAUGUAGUCUCAUUCUACAAGACUGUUGAUUCUGAAGACAACGAAAUCGUUACUUCCACCACCUACACUCUACAUGGUGCAUCAGUUCCAGCUCCAAUCACCACCACCAUUGUGUCUGGCAGCUCAACUGAAACCGAUGUAGUCUCAUUCUACAAGACUGUUGAUUCUGAAGGCAACGAAAUCGUUACUUCCACCACCUACACUCUACAUGGUGCAUCAGUUCCAGCUCCAGUCACCACCACCGUUGUGUCUGGCAGCUCAACUGAAACCGAUGUAGUCUCAUUCUACAAGACUGUUGAUUCUGAAGGCAACGAAAUCGUUACUUCCACCACCUACACUCUACAUGGUGCAUCAGUUCCAGCUCCAGUCACCACCACCGUUGUGUCUGGCAGCUCAACCGAAACCGAUGUAGUCUCAUUCUACAAGACUGUUGAUUCUGAAGGCAACGAAAUCGUUACUUCCACCACCUACACUCUACAUGGUGCAUCAGUUCCAGCUCCAAUCACCACCACCGUUGUGUCUGGCAGCUCAACCGAAACCGAUGUAGUCUCAUUCUACAAGACUGUUGAUUCUGAAGACAACGAAAUCGUUACUUCCACCACCUACACUCUACAUGGUGCAUCAGUUCCAUCUGCCUUCACCACCACUGUUGUGUCUGGCAGCUCAACUGAAACCGAUGUAGUCUCAUUCUACAAGACUGUUGAUUCUGAAGGCAACGAAAUCGUUACUUCCACCACCUACACUCUACAUGGUGCAUCAGUUCCAGCUCCAGUCACCACCACCGUUGUGUCUGGCAGCUCAACUGAAACCGAUGUAGUCUCAUUCUACAAGACUGUUGAUUCUGAAGACAACGAAAUCGUUACUUCCACCACCUACACUCUACAUGGUGCAUCAGUUCCAGCUCCAGUCACCACCACCGUUGUGUCUGGCAGCUCAACCGAAACCGAUGUAGUCUCAUUCUACAAGACUGUUGAUUCUGAAGACAACGAAAUCGUUACUUCCACCACCUACACUCUACAUGGUGCAUCAGUUCCAUCUGCCUUCACCACCACUGUUGUGUCUGGCAGCUCAACCGAAACCGAUGUAGUCUCAUUCUACAAGACUGUUGAUUCUGAAGACAACGAAAUCGUUACUUCCACCACCUACACUCUACAUGGUGCAUCAGUUCCAGCUCCAAUCACCACCACCGUUGUGUCUGGCAGCUCAACUGAAACCGAUGUAGUCUCAUUCUACAAGACUGUUGAUUCUGAAGGCAACGAAAUCGUUACUUCCACCACCUACACUCUACAUGGUGCAUCAGUUCCAGCUCCAGUCACCACCACCGUUGUGUCUGGCAGCUCAACUGAAACCGAUGUAGUCUCAUUCUACAAGACUGUUGAUUCUGAAGGCAACGAAAUCGUUACUUCCACCACCUACACUCUACAUGGUGCAUCAGUUCCAGCUCCAGUCACCACCACCGUUGUGUCUGGCAGCUCAACUGAAACCGAUGUAGUCUCAUUCUACAAGACUGUUGAUUCUGAAGGCAACGAAAUCGUUACUUCCACCACCUACACUCUACAUGGUGCAUCAGUUCCAGCUCCAGUCACCACCACCGUUGUGUCUGGCAGCUCAACUGAAACCGAUGUAGUCUCAUUCUACAAGACUGUUGAUUCUGAAGACAACGAAAUCGUUACUUCCACCACCUACACUCUACAUGGUGCAUCAGUUCCAGCUCCAAUCACCACCACCAUUGUGUCUGGCAGCUCAACUGAAACCGAUGUAGUCUCAUUCUACAAGACUGUUGAUUCUGAAGGCAACGAAAUCGUUACUUCCACCACCUACACUCUACAUGGUGCAUCAGUUCCAGCUCCAGUCACCACCACCGUUGUGUCUGGCAGCUCAACUGAAACCGAUGUAGUCUCAUUCUACAAGACUGUUGAUUCUGAAGGCAACGAAAUCGUUACUUCCACCACCUACACUCUACAUGGUGCAUCAGUUCCAGCUCCAGUCACCACCACCGUUGUGUCUGGCAGCUCAACUGAAACCGAUGUAGUCUCAUUCUACAAGACUGUUGAUUCUGAAGGCAACGAAAUCGUUACUUCCACCACCUACACUCUACAUGGUGCAUCAGUUCCAUCUGCCUUCACCACCACCGUUGUGUCUGGCAGCUCAACCGAAACCGAUGUAGUUUCAUUCUACAAGACUGUUGAUUCUGAAGACAACGAAAUCGUUACUUCCACCACCUACACUCUACAUGGUGCAUCAGUUCCAUCUGCCUUCACCACCACCGUUGUGUCUGGCAGCUCAACCGAAACCGAUGUAGUUUCAUUCUACAAGACUGUUGAUUCUGAAGACAACGAAAUCGUUACUUCCACCACCUACACUCUACAUGGUGCAUCAGUUCCAUCUGCCUUCACCACCACCGUUGUGUCUGGCAGCUCAACUGAAACCGAUGUAGUCUCAUUCUACAAGACUGUUGAUUCUGAAGGCAACGAAAUCGUUACUUCCACCACCUACACUCUACAUGGUGCAUCAGUUCCAGCUCCAGUCACCACCACCGUUGUGUCUGGCAGCUCAACUGAAACCGAUGUAGUCUCAUUCUACAAGACUGUUGAUUCUGAAGGCAACGAAAUCGUUACUUCCACCACCUACACUCUACAUGGUGCAUCAGUUCCAUCUGCCUUCACCACCACCGUUGUGUCUGGCAGCUCAACCGAAACCGAUGUAGUCUCAUUCUACAAGACUGUUGAUUCUGAAGGCAACGAAAUCGUUACUUCCACCACCUACACUCUACAUGGUGCAUCAGUUCCAGCUCCAGUCACCACCACCGUUGUGUCUGGCAGCUCAACUGAAACCGAUGUAGUCUCAUUCUACAAGACUGUUGAUUCUGAAGGCAACGAAAUCGUUACUUCCACCACCUACACUCUACAUGGUGCAUCAGUUCCAGCUCCAGUCACCACCACCGUUGUGUCUGGCAGCUCAACCGAAACCGAUGUAGUCUCAUUCUACAAGACUGUUGAUUCUGAAGGCAACGAAAUCGUUACUUCCACCACCUACACUCUACAUGGUGCAUCAGUUCCAGCUCCAAUCACCACCACCAUUGUGUCUGGCAGCUCAACCGAAACCGAUGUAGUCUCAUUCUACAAGACUGUUGAUUCUGAAGACAACGAAAUCGUUACUUCCACCACUUACACUCUACAUGGUGCAUCAGUUCCAGCUCCAGUCACCACCACCGUUGUGUCUGGCAGCUCAACUGAAACCGAUGUAGUCUCAUUCUACAAGACUGUUGAUUCUGAAGGCAACGAAAUCGUUACUUCCACCACCUACACUCUACAUGGUGCAUCAGUUCCAGCUCCAAUCACCACCACCGUUGUGUCUGGCAGCUCAACUGAAACCGAUGUAGUCUCAUUCUACAAGACUGUUGAUUCUGAAGGCAACGAAAUCGUUACUUCCACCACCUACACUCUACAUGGUGCAUCAGUUCCAGCUCCAGUCACCACCACCGUUGUGUCUGGCAGCUCAACUGAAACCGAUGUAGUCUCAUUCUACAAGACUGUUGAUUCUGAAGGCAACGAAAUCGUUACUUCCACCACCUACACUCUACAUGGUGCAUCAGUUCCAUCUGCCUUCACCACCACCGUUGUGUCUGGCAGCUCAACCGAAACCGAUGUAGUCUCAUUCUACAAGACUGUUGAUUCUGAAGACAACGAAAUCGUUACUUCCACCACCUACACUCUACAUGGUGCAUCAGUUCCAUCUGCCUUCACCACCACCGUUGUGUCUGGCAGCUCAACCGAAACCGAUGUAGUCUCAUUCUACAAGACUGUUGAUUCUGAAGGCAACGAAAUCGUUACUUCCACCACCUACACUCUACAUGGUGCAUCAGUUCCAUCUGCCUUCACCACCACCGUUGUGUCUGGCAGCUCAACUGAAACCGAUGUAGUCUCAUUCUACAAGACUGUUGAUUCUGAAGACAACGAAAUCGUUACUUCCACCACCUACACUCUACAUGGUGCAUCAGUUCCAGCUCCAGUCACCACCACCGUUGUGUCUGGCAGCUCAACUGAAACCGAUGUAGUCUCAUUCUACAAGACUGUUGAUUCUGAAGACAACGAAAUCGUUACUUCCACCACCUACACUCUACAUGGUGCAUCAGUUCCAUCUGCCUUCACCACCACCGUUGUGUCUGGCAGCUCAACUGAAACCGAUGUAGUCUCAUUCUACAAGACUGUUGAUUCUGAAGGCAACGAAAUCGUUACUUCCACCACCUACACUCUACAUGGUGCAUCAGUUCCAGCUCCAGUCACCACCACCGUUGUGUCUGGCAGCUCAACCGAAACCGAUGUAGUCUCAUUCUACAAGACUGUUGAUUCUGAAGGCAACGAAAUCGUUACUUCCACCACCUACACUCUACAUGGUGCAUCAGUUCCAGCUCCAGUCACCACCACCGUUGUGUCUGGCAGCUCAACUGAAACCGAUGUAGUCUCAUUCUACAAGACUGUUGAUUCUGAAGACAACGAAAUCGUUACUUCCACCACCUACACUCUACAUGGUGCAUCAGUUCCAGCUCCAGUCACCACCACCGUUGUGUCUGGCAGCUCAACUGAAACCGAUGUAGUCUCAUUCUACAAGACUGUUGAUUCUGAAGGCAACGAAAUCGUUACUUCCACCACCUACACUCUACAUGGUGCAUCAGUUCCAGCUCCAGUCACCACCACCGUUGUGUCUGGCAGCUCAACUGAAACCGAUGUAGUCUCAUUCUACAAGACUGUUGAUUCUGAAGGCAACGAAAUCGUUACUUCCACCACCUACACUCUACAUGGUGCAUCAGUUCCAGCUCCAGUCACCACCACCGUUGUGUCUGGCAGCUCAACCGAAACCGAUGUAGUCUCAUUCUACAAGACUGUUGAUUCUGAAGGCAACGAAAUCGUUACUUCCACCACCUACACUCUACAUGGUGCAUCAGUUCCAGCUCCAGUCACCACCACCGUUGUGUCUGGCAGCUCAACCGAAACCGAUGUAGUCUCAUUCUACAAGACUGUUGAUUCUGAAGACAACGAAAUCGUUACUUCCACCACCUACACUCUACAUGGUGCAUCAGUUCCAGCUCCAGUCACCACCACCGUUGUGUCUGGCAGCUCAACCGAAACCGAUGUAGUCUCAUUCUACAAGACUGUUGAUUCUGAAGGCAACGAAAUCGUUACUUCCACCACCUACACUCUACAUGGUGCAUCAGUUCCAGCUCCAGUCACCACCACCGUUGUGUCUGGCAGCUCAACCGAAACCGAUGUAGUCUCAUUCUACAAGACUGUUGAUUCUGAAGACAACGAAAUCGUUACUUCCACCACCUACACUCUACAUGGUGCAUCAGUUCCAUCUGCCUUCACCACCACUGUUGUGUCUGGCAGCUCAACUGAAACCGAUGUAGUCUCAUUCUACAAGACUGUUGAUUCUGAAGGCAACGAAAUCGUUACUUCCACCACCUACACUCUACAUGGUGCAUCAGUUCCAGCUCCAGUCACCACCACCGUUGUGUCUGGCAGCUCAACUGAAACCGAUGUAGUCUCAUUCUACAAGACUGUUGAUUCUGAAGACAACGAAAUCGUUACUUCCACCACCUACACUCUACAUGGUGCAUCAGUUCCAGCUCCAAUCACCACCACCAUUGUGUCUGGCAGCUCAACCGAAACCGAUGUAGUCUCAUUCUACAAGACUGUUGAUUCUGAAGACAACGAAAUCGUUACUUCCACCACCUACACUCUACAUGGUGCAUCAGUUCCAUCUGCCUUCACCACCACCGUUGUGUCUGGCAGCUCAACUGAAACCGAUGUAGUCUCAUUCUACAAGACUGUUGAUUCUGAAGACAACGAAAUCGUUACUUCCACCACCUACACUCUACAAGGUGCAUCAGUUCCAUCUGCCUUCACCACCACCGUUGUGUCUGGCAGCUCAACUGAAACCGAUGUAGUCUCAUUCUACAAGACU